UUUCUCUCUCUUUCUCUCACUCUCCCAAAAGAGCCGCACGUAAACAAAAGCCGGCCAUGUUUUUAUUUGGCGAUUGACAGUCGGGCGCGUCUGUAGAUUCAUCUGCAAUUCGCGAUGUCUGGGGCAGUAAUUGAGAACCUGAGUGGCCGGAAGUUGACAGUGAUUGUGGCCGGGCUGCUGGUGUGCCAAGUAGUGUGUUUCCUGAUCGGCGGUUUGAUUGCACCGCUACCUAGCAAUGUGCAAAGUAUCCUGGCCACGGUGUGCUUGGACGACGUGGACGCCUUCAAUGACACCUCCAAGUGGCUCUGGACACAGAGUGAGGGCUCCUGUCGCACCGUAGCCAACAGCGAGAACGGCGUGAGCCUCCGGAAUACCCAGAGAGCGGUGUUCGUCUUCCAGAUGCCCAUGUACGAUUUCGACUUCUCGCGCUGGCAGCAGAGUCUGAUCGGGAUGCUUCAGCUGGAUCUAAAACUCGCUCCCAAUGCACUGCCCGUGGGAACUGUUCCUAUUACGCUGGACGCCAGGCUGGCGUACUCCAACAAGGGCUCACCUGGAUGGCAUCGCCUCGCAACCGCGGUGGAAGUGAGGCACUUGGAGUGUGAGACAACGGCUCCGCACCUGGUUAAUUGCCAUCCGAUGGCGCUCUUUGAGCUUGGGUCACUCCACCACGACUACUAUCUUCUCAACCUGCGCCUGCCCGUGGACACCGCCCGACAUUUGAAUCUGGACGUUGAGGAAGUCAUUGCGGCCUCACUGACGACGAUCUUCCAGAAUGGAGGUUUCACAAAGGUGUGGAUCUCGCUGAAGUGUGCUUUCGCUCCCAUCACUGCUGCUAUGAUGAUUUGGUUUUGGCAUCGUGUGGCGCUGCUGAAACGCCGUCCGGUGCUCCUGGAGUGGAUGCUGUUGGCUCUGGCAGGAGCGAUCACUUUCCUCAAUCUUCCCGUUGAACUGCUGACUCUGUCCAUCGAUAUGCCCUUCAUGCUCUUGCUGGCGGACGUGCGACAGGGCGUUUUCUAUGCCACCCUGCUCUGCUUCUGGCUCAUCUUCGCCGGAGAGCACCUGAUGAUCCAGGAGACACAGCGCUCCACCCUUCGCACGUAUUGGCGCCACCUGAGCGCUGUUCUUGUGGCGUGUGUGGCUCUCUUCGCCUUCGACAUGUGCGAACGCGGCGUGAAGCUGCGGAACCCUUUCUACUCCGUCUGGACGGCUCCCUGGAGUUCUACCGUGGCGUCCGUUUGCAUCACCGUGGCCGCCGUGUCGGCUGCCAUUUACUUCCUCUUCCUCUGCUUCAUGGUUUACCGCGUAAUGCGCAAUAUUGGAGCCAAGCGGGGCAGCCUGUCCACCAUGUCAGCAGCCAGGCGACUUCGCUACGCGGGCAUCAUUUAUCGCUUCCAAUUCCUCAUGCUGGCCACCGUCGUUUGCGCCGCCCUGACCGUCAUCGGCUUCAUCAUGGGCCAAGUGGACGAGCAGAAGCUCAAGUGGUCCGAAAACGGCUCGACCAUCGAAGUGAACUCGGCCUUCCUCACCGGAGUCUACGGCAUGUGGAAUGUGUACAUUAUCGCUCUGCUGGCUCUCUAUGCGCCCAGCCACAAAAAGACACCCGAGGAGCGUCCGGCGCCGCAGGAGGAGAUCGAGUUCAGCAACUUCCCCGCUGAAUCCAAUCCCAGCGAAAUCUCCUCACUCACUUCCUUCUCUCGCAAGGCGGCCUUUGACUAGGCCAUCCGCAGACUCUCUCAGCUUUUCAAUGUACUUCAGUAUUGAUGUCAGCAUUUAGUAAUUUAUGUCUCAGUAUUUUACACUAUACUAAUAAAUGUGCCAAAUAAUUGAAUUUCAUCUCGUCACAUUACUUUCUGCUGCUGCAAAAUCAACGCAAAAUGUGAAUGAAAUAAAAAUGAUUAAAAAUUCUCAGUCAAAAGACUGAGCGAUUUGCUGUGCUGUUU